CCACCCUCCACCCGGCUACUUGUAUCCUUCUAUACUGAUACACAGCUCCAGUACAACCCUACAUCCGGCUACUUGUAUCAUUCUAUACUGAUACACGGUUCCAGUACCACCCUACAUCCGGCUACUUGUAUCCUUCUAUACUGAUACACAGCUCCAGUACAACCCUACAUCCGGCUACUUGUAUCCUUCUAUACUGAUACACAGCUCCAGUACAACCCUACAUCCGGCUACUUGUAUCCUUCUAUACUGAUACACAGCUCCAGUACCACCCUACAUCCGGCUACUUGUAUCCUUCUAUACUGAUACACAGCUCCAGUACAACCCUACAUCCGGCUACUUGUAUCCUUCUAUACUGAUACACAGCUCCAGUACCACCCUACAUCCGGCUACUUGUAUCCUACUAUACUGAUACACGGUUCCAGUACCACCCUACAUCCGGCUACUUGUAUCCUACUAUACUGAUACAUGGCUCCACAUCCACCAAGCACUUCCCAAACCAUGAAGACCCUCUUGUACUCUCACCGUCUCAGUCGUUAUUAUUAUUAUUAUUAUUAUUAUUAUCAUCAUCAUCAUCAUCAUCAUCAUUAUCAUUAUUAUUAUUUAUUUAUUUAUUUAUUUAUUUUUCUUCUUUUUCUUAUUGUUGUUUUUGUUGUUGUUGCCUAGUUAAUCCCACCCAGAACUUUUCGGAGAAUGUGAAGAAUCCCCAACACUGCAGCCCUCUGCAUUACCCAGAAUGUCGGAAGGGUUGUAUUCCUGUUACCAAACCCGGGUUUUCUCCCGAUGUCAGUCAACAGAUUGGGAGGUACCAAACCUAAGGCACCGAGAACAAUGGGUAGUCGGACCACUUGUUACUUGGGAAGCAAGCGUGACAUUUCGAACGCAAGGUCUGCAUAUUUGCAUAUCAUCAUCACCCAGUCCAGUACCCCCAUCAUUUAUACUACUCAGGUAUGCGGAGUUGUAUAAAAAACAGUGACUAGUAAAUCAGACGAUUAUGACGAAAGAUGAUAGUAACCCGAGUACAUCGAUGCGCCUCGCACACGUCCUUACCCCUUUUCCCUCACUGAUCCUUUCCCAUCACAUAUCCUCACAUUCCCAUCCCCACCACUCUAUACACGCACACGGGGAAGAGAAGAAAACACACGGCCCAAUACUCUGCAGCAAUUACUUAAACAAUUACACAGCAACUAAUAUGCAAAUACUAUCGACUUUCGUUUAGCUAAUAAUUGCAUUUCCAUGGUUUCGAUCUUUUGCGUGCUAAAGAAUUGAUGGAAGAAUACCUCCAGAAGUCCGUCAUACCGCCAUAACUCCAUUACCUCCAGAACGACGCCAUUUCCAUAACUCUAGGGGGACGUUCUACGCACAGCUCCAUCAGGACACGCAGCCAAUACCCCCAGAAGGACGCAAUUCCCAUAUCUCAAGGGGGACGUUCUACCCCCAGCUUCAGCAGGACACACCACCAUUACCCCCAGAAGGACGCCAUUCCCAUAACUCUAGGGGGACGUUCUACCCACAGCUCCAUCAGGACACGCAGCCAAUACCCCCAGAAGGACGCCAUUCCCAUAACUCUAGGGGGCGUUCUACCCACACCUUCAGCAGAACACACCACCAUUACCUCCAGAAGGACGCCAUUCCCAUAACUCUUGGGGGACGUUCUACGCACACCUUCAGCAGGACACACCACCAUUACCUCCAGAAGGACGCCAUUCCCACAACUCUAGGGGGACGUUCUACGCACAGCUUCAGCAGGACACACCACCAUUACAUCCAGAAGGACGCCAUUCCCAUAACUCUAGGGGGACGUUCUACCCACAGCUCCAUCAGGACACACCACCAUUACCUCCAGAAGGACGCCAUUCCCAUAACUCUAGGGGGACGUUCUACCCACAGCUUCAGCAGGACACACCACCAUUACCUCCAGAAGGACGCCAUUCCCAUAACUCUAGGGGAACGUUCUACCCACAGCUUCAGCAGGACACACCACCAUUACCCCCAGAAGGACGCCAUUCCCAUAACUCUAGGGGGACGUUCUACCCACAGCUUCAGCAGGACACACCACCAUUACCUCCAGAAGGACGCCAUUCCCAUAACUCUAGGGGGACGUUCUACCCACACCUUCAGCAGGACACACCACCAUUACCUCCAGAAGGACGCCAUUCCCAUAACUCUAGGGGGACGUUCUACCCACAGCUUCAGCAGGACACACCACCAUUACCUCCAGAAGGACGCCAUUCCCAUAACUCUAGGGAGGCUGUAAUGGGAGGAAACGGCGAUAUUAUGUUGCCUCCACAGAACGUUACCAGCGGCCUCUCAUCCACUACGGCCUCAGUGAGGAACGUUACUGUGUUACCGACCGACGACAUCAACAACUACAUGGAGGAGCGUGUUGCGCAGUACAUCCACCUCAUCUACGUUCCUAUCUGUGUCUCACUCGGCGUCAUCGGCAACAUCAUCUCCUUCUGCGUUUUGGUGAUGACGUCACUUCGCAAAACGACGACGUGCUUGUACCUAGCCACCAUUGCCUGCAUGGACAGCCUCAUUCUCGUCAUAGACUUGGUGUUCUAUCUAAGAAGGUACUAUACCUAUUCACACACAGACGAGACGUGCGGGAUCCUGUACUUCAUCUUCUACACCACAAUCCACUACGAUGUCCUGCUGCUGUUGUCCAUGACUGCAGAGCGAUACGUGGCUGUAAGCUUCCCGCUUCAUGCACAUUCACUCAUUACGCUCAAGAAGGCCGUCAUUGUCAUAGUAACACUGGCAUUUUUUUCACUUGGGGUUAAUUUACACAAUCUGUUCACACGCUCGGCAGAUUUUGACAGUUCAAAGCAAACAACGUUUUGUGGUUAUGACGGCGAAACGAACAAAUUUUUCGUCACCAAAGUAUUCCCAUGGAUAGACUCUGCCUUGUAUUGUUUUAUCCCGAUGACGUCAUUGUUCGUCCUCAACUUCCUCAUCAUCGCCAACCUGAAGAGGGCGGCCAAGAAACAACAGAAUCUUACCCAUACACUGAAGGGUACAGCUGGGAACAGACCCGGCCAGAGUCAGCGUCAGCUGACAGUCAUGUUGAUGUUGGUGUCCUUCGCUUUCCUCUUCUUGUCAGCACCAGUGGCUAUAAUCAUCAUUGUUCAGCGUUACGCCUGGUUCCCCAAAACACCUCAUGAGGUUGCAGUAUUUCAUCUGGUUCACGCCAUCAUCGACAACCUGAUGUACACCAACCACACCAUCAACUUUCUGCUAUACUGCAUCAGCGGUCAAAAGUUCCGCACCGAGCUCCGACGUCUGUGUUGUUCCCGAAGACGGUCCCGUAGAAGCAAUACGCACAGUUCCGACAAAAUCAUGACCCUCACUAACGGCAACACUGAUGUAGCUUUGGCAUCUGUAGCGUCGACUGUGUCUACGGCAGAAACAGAUGUGUUUGACAAAUCUAACGAAUGUGAGAGACCUCGAUGCUUUUGAACUGGGCAGCUACCAACACACAGAUCGUCUCGACUAUGUCGUUAACAUUACGUAGACCAGUAGAAAAGCAACUGUCUUUUCUUAAAACACAUCUGUGACGUCAUUCUAUUGUUUGAACGCUUCAGGAAUGGAGAGUUGUUUGUCAACUAUUCAUUAUCUUGAACCAGCAUUUGAAUUAAUUUCCACUUGGAAUAGACUAUUUUUUACAUUUAUUGACAAGUGAAUAAUUUCAUAUUUUUUCCUAAAACAUGUGUCGCCAACGGGGUUCGAACCCGCAUCGUUUUAUUUAAGAACCUGUAAUUGUCAACCUCUGCUGCGGCGGCACAUGAAGGUGUGGUGUGAAAUUAACUAUUAACUAUUUUCAAAUUUUUGCAUAAUGCUCAAAAGCUCAAAAUAAUAUGUAUAUAUUUUGUGUUAGAGCAGGCUACCUACAACAAUGUUCAUAUUUAUAGCAAUUAGAUAAACCUUUGCCGAGAAAAAAAUGCGGUAAUAUAUAUAUCUUUGUUCGGGGCUCUAUAGUUCCUAUUAUUCCCACCAACAUGUAUUGACAACGUGCAAGUGAUUGAUAAAUAUUAGUU